AGCAACAAGCUACCACCUGGUGACAAGUCAGGACAAGACAGUGUUCUGGUUCCAAAACCUGGGAGGAGUGCUAAGUAGGGCCGGCCUGGGAGUGGUGCUAGACGGAUGCAUGCACAGGCUUUUUCUUUCUUUAAGACAGCGAGCGCUGCCAACUCUUGUGAUUUUUAUCAUGGAUCUCAGGAUAUUUGGUAUUUUCCUUUAAAGCUCCAGCUCUUGGAGCCGUGAGCGUUUGUUUUUAACAAAUCAGGGUGCUUGUAGCCCUAUUCGUUGCGGGGGGGGGGGGGGGGGGCACUUGAGAAGACAAAGUAGGGUCCCAGCAGGCAAAUACAAGGACCCUUCAAACUGCUUGUUUUCUAGCAGCUCGUGAUUUGAACCCAGUGCUGUAAGUUUCCAGUGUCUCUUCUGCAUUAGCUGGUGGAAGAUGUGUAACUGUGGAUGAACCAAUGCACGUGCACAACUUCAAGAUAAGAAUGGUGGUGUAUGUUGUAUUGCUAAGUACCACUGACUUUCACAUGGAGAUAAACUUCCACGAAGAAGGUGGUAAUUUCUAUGAAGAGUUGGCAGGAAAUAAAUGUGUGUGAAGAAGUUUCUGCAUGAAGACUGUCUGUCCAGUAGCGAUUACCUGACAACAUGACUUAGCAUAUGUCCUCUCAUAUUGAAUUGAGCCUUAAAAAUGAUUAGGGUUACAUGUUAGCUUUAAUACACUUCUGAUGAAUGUUCUAGAAAUGAGUUUGCAUCGGCAAAUGGGUUCUGAUCGGGACCUGCAGUCUUCUGCCUCCUCGGUGAGUUUGCCUUCAAUUAAAAAGGCACCAAAGAAAAGAAGAAUUUCAUUGGCCUCUAUCUUUCGGAGGAAAAAGGACACAAAACGCAAAUCUAGGGAUUUAAAUGGAGGGGUGGAUGGAAUUGCAAGUAUUGAAAGUAUACAUUCGGAAAUGUGUACAGACAAGAACUCCAUUUUCUCCACGUAUACCUCUUCAGACAGUGGGGGCACCUCUAGCAGCAAACCUAGUGGAGACUUCAUGGAGUGUCCCUUGUGCCUUUUGCGGCACUCUAAGGACAGGUUCCCAGAAAUAAUGACUUGUCACCAUAGGUCUUGUGUGGAUUGCUUACGUCAGUAUCUCCGGAUAGAAAUCUCUGAGAGCAGAGUUAAUAUCAGCUGCCCAGAAUGCUCUGAACGGUUUAAUCCCCAUGAUAUUCGUUUGAUAUUAAAUGAUGACAUCUUGAUGGAAAAAUAUGAAGAAUUUAUGCUUAGACGGUGGCUAGUUGCAGACCCGGACUGUAGAUGGUGCCCAGCUCCAGACUGUGGAUAUGCUGUGAUUGCUUUUGGCUGUGCCAGCUGUCCCAAACUUACCUGUGGGCGUGAAGGCUGCGGUACUGAGUUCUGCUACCACUGUAAACAGAUUUGGCAUCCAAACCAGACCUGUGAUGCUGCUCGCCAGGAAAGAGCCCAUAGUCUGCGCCUGAGAACAAUUCGUUCUUCAUCUAUUAGUUAUAGCCAGGAGUCUGGAGCAGCAGCUGAUGAUAUAAAGCCAUGCCCACGUUGUGCUGCUUACAUAAUAAAAAUGAAUGAUGGAAGCUGCAACCACAUGACUUGUGCUGUGUGUGGUUGUGAAUUCUGUUGGCUAUGCAUGAAGGAGAUCUCGGAUUUACAUUAUUUAAGCCCAUCAGGUUGUACGUUUUGGGGGAAGAAACCAUGGAGCCGUAAGAAGAAAAUACUGUGGCAACUGGGAACGCUUGUUGGAGCUCCUGUAGGAAUUGCUUUAAUAGCUGGCAUUGCUAUUCCUGCUAUGAUUAUUGGAAUCCCUGUGUAUGUGGGGCGUAAGAUUCACAAUCGAUAUGAAGGCAAAGACAUUUCGAAACACAAACGAAACUUGGCUAUUGCAGGUGGUGUAACCUUGUCUGUAAUAGUUUCUCCAGUUGUAGCUGCAGUAACUGUGGGUAUUGGUGUUCCUAUUAUGUUGGCUUAUGUGUAUGGAGUUGUUCCGAUCUCCCUCUGUCGCAGUGGAGGCUGUGGGGUGUCUGCAGGCAAUGGAAAGGGUGUCAGGAUAGAAUUUGAUGAUGAAAAUGAUAUAAAUGUUGGUGGAACAAAUGCAGCAGUAGAUACCACUUCAGUAGCAGAGGCACGUCAUAACCCUAGUAUAGGAGAAGGAAGUGUUGGAGGAUUGACUGGAAGCCUGAGUGCAAGUGGUAGCCACAUGGAUAGAAUAGGAGCCAUUCGGGACAACCUGAGUGAAACUGCUAGCACCAUGGCACUAGCUGGAGCUAGUAUAACAGGGAGUCUGUCAGGAAGUGCAAUGGUCAGCUGUUUUAACAGGCUGGAAGUUCAAGCAGAUGUGCAGAAAGAACGAUACAGUCUGAGUGGAGAAUCUGGCACAGUUAGCUUGGGAACAGUUAGUGACAAUGCCAGUACCAAAGCAAUGGCAGGAUCCAUUCUGAAUUCCUACAUCCCAUUAGACAGGGAAGGCAACAGUAUGGAAGUGCAAGUUGAUAUUGAAUCGAAGCCAGCUAAAUUCAGACACAAUAGUGGAAGCAGUAGUGUUGAUGAUGGCAGUGCUCCAGGUCGUGGUAAUGCUGGUUGUUCAUCGGUCUGCUUGCCAGAAAGUAAAUCUAGUGCCACCAAGUGGUCCAAAGAAACGACAGCAGGAAAAAAAUGUAAAGGUAAACUGAGAAAAAAGAGUAGCAUGAAGAUAAAUGAGACCAGAGAGGACAUGGAUGCUCAGUUGUUGGAGCAACAAAGCACAAACUCCAGUGAAUUUGACUCUCCCUCUCUAAGUGACAGUAUCCCAUCUGUAGCAGAUUCCCACUCAAGUCAUUUUUCUGAGUUUAGUUGCUCUGAUAUGGAAAGUAUGAAAACUUCAUGUAGCCAUGGUUCCAAUGAUUAUCAUUCUCGCUUUACUACAGUUAGUGUCCUCCCUGAGGUAGAAAAUGACCGUUUGGAAAACUCUCCACACCAGAGUGCAAUUCCUGUGCUUGCCCCAAGCACUGAAGUUCCACAGCUGAGUUAUAUUGCUGAAGAAUGUGUUAAUAAUGGAACUUCAACUAAUGUAGGUGUAGGUCUUGGCGAAACACUGAAAGAAACAAAUAACAACCUUUCACAGCAUGCUGUGGAAUUAAACACUGCAAUUCAGACUGAAAUUUAGACCUACAAGUGCUGCAAAAAUAGAUUUACCACUAAAGAACCCUGUCUGAAAGCUGGUUGAACUACAUGUGACUUCUGUAAGUUUCAAGUGGCCAGCAGAAGCAAGGUUUUGAUGCAAUUACAUUUUAUAUAUGCCUGUCUAGUAAGGCAGAAUGCUUCAUGUGGAUCUUGUUACAGACCUGUAUGAAGUAUAUGAAGGCUUUAACAAAGUGCAUUACAACAGGACAAUAUGAUCUUGUUUUGUAUUGUUGCCACAACUUUGCUUGAAAGUAUAUACUUGUGUAGUCAGAUAAACAAUUGGCUCAUUCAUAAUAUGUUAAAUGCUAAAUUGAAUAAUCUGUCCUAUACUGUUCACUUGAAAAAUGUGGGGCUUGGGAUAAGUGGGUGAUAGAUCAGCAGUAGUAACUAAUGAAACCAUUCUAGGGUGAACACUAGUUAGGGGAAAUGAGUGUCGCAGAGACCUGAGUGAUGAUAAAU